AUGCAGCUGGGACCCUCACAGAGCGACGUGGAUUGCUUCCCUAGCAGCUUGGAACUGGCUUCAACCUUUUACUACUCCCCCGGUAUAUGUCCCAGCGGAUUCGAAUUGCGUGUAGCAAUGCCUGUUGAAGAGUGUCGUGCUGACGAGACAGGUUGGCCUUGGUACACCACUGAUCUCUGCACGAUCGUGAUCCCAAAUACGGUUGAAGUCAUUUAUUCUGUGUCGACCGCCGGAGGAGACUGGGAAAAGUCAACUGCCAAAGGAGCUGCAGCCAACGCCAUAGGCAUUCCCAUUCGAUGGCAUUCCUCCGAUUUUGCGUCCACAACGUCGGAUACCUCGGCGGCUGAGGCUUCUGGAACUUCUGGGACUUCCGAAGUAGGCACUGCGGAAACUAGCGGCGCAACUGAAACGUCUUCUCCGUCAGGUGGUGGGGGAUUGAGCACUGGAGCCAAGGCAGGCAUUGGAGUUGGCGUUGGAGUUGCUGCUCUGGCUGGACUUGGUGCCUUGUUAUGGUUUGUGCUUCGAGCGAGGAGGGCCAAGCAGGCCAAUGCCGCAGCUGGAGGAGAAGGGUUCAAGGAGCCUCAGCAGCAACAACAAGCAUGGGAGCUUGAUAGUUACCAACCUAUACCCCCGGCAGAGCUGCCAUCGGAGGGGUUAAUGAUAUCCAUAGAAAGGAAGAAGCAGGAAAAGCCAAGUCACAAAGAAGUGCCCCCCUUUGAGGUUUAA